AUGAAGGCCUCGAUUGUUAUUCUCGCUCUUAUUCAAGGGCUGGCUCUCGCCGCCCCAGGGAGGCCGAAGUACCGCGAGGCGCUGAAGCAGCUCAUGGACGACCCCAUUACACGGCCCUGGAACAGCGAGAUGCUAGACACUGAGCAGCGAGAAGCCAGUGGAAGCCCCGCGGAACUGGAAGAGAUGGCGCGGGCGUACCAGCAGCGAGUUCUGCCACGCGAGUGUUUCGAGGCGGACAAGCAGAUCAAGCCUUUCUGCGAGUACAGAUAUCGCUUCUGCGCAGGAGGUUAUUUAUCAGGACCAGACUUUGUCGGGACAUGGAAGUCAGGCGCCAAGUUCGAAGGCUUUGAGCAAUGUGUAAAAACGCAGUUACAGCAGUGGCUAGCAACCGAGGACGCAAAAUCGACCUAG